GAAUUAUAUAAUAGUGACGGGACAAUGGGUUUAUCUGCACCUUUGUUUGGACGGGGGGCCAAUGAAACAUUGGGGGUGGGGCUAAACCAACGAGUCUGAGGACCCCAGUUUCCUGUGUGAUUUUGGGGGAGACACUUAAGAGGUCUGACUGCCACCCUAAUGGAUUCCCCUGGCCCAGCCCUGUUGUGUUUGCCACAGAUCUCACCUUUAUUGUCCUUCAGACUGGGCUUUGGGGUGUAAGUAGGGGAGUCAGGGGGUAUUACCCCAUUUCUUACCCUUAGUGGCCUCUCUUCUGCACCCCCACCCUGUCACUGCCCAUCAUACAGACGGCAGGUCCCCCCUGAAUACAAUGCAGCACCCAGGGGUGCAAGGGCCCUUUAUAAAAUAACCAUCUAUGUAAUGGAAUUAUCUCCCCUUUAAGGCAGUUUCCUUGCCUGCAUGUUCCCUUUAUUUGUUAUAUGAGCCAGUGGGGAGGGAAUCCCCCAGAAUCCUGUGUUGCCCCCGGCGUGUAGAUGAGUAACAGUUACUGUAAGUUCUGACUCACUGACUCCUGUAUCCCCAGUAGAACUGCACAGUCGGCAGCACAUUCCCCUCAGCGACCCCCACCCACGGCUCUGCCCCCCAUCCUCCCCAGGAACAGAGAGGGGCCCCCCAGCCCUGCCGGCACUCCAGCACAAGCCCUGCCCUGGCUGAGAUUCGCCAGAACCUUGGGAGGAAACUCACGCGGAACAGAAGCCUCUGACUUAAUCUCCCCCCACUGAAUCCAGAACGUUCCGCUGAGCAGAGACCCCUGAGCCUCCUGUAUAGCAGCGAGUGUACGGCGCCCCCCCAGCCCAGACAUGGAACCUGUAGCACGGCGCGGCCCCCUCCUGCUCCUCCUGCUCCUCCUGCCCCUCCUGCUCCUCGCUGCACUGGCACAGGGGGACCCUGCCGGGGACACUGCCGGGGACACAAGGUCCAGGAGUCCGACCCCGGCCCCGGCUGGGAAGAGAACAAGGAAUCCAUAUCAGGCACCAAAGAAUAGAAAGAAAACCAUCUGGUCCUACAAACCGGGUCAUCGCUCCUUGGCUUUCCUGGUUGCGGGGGAAGUGGAGACCAUUACGUCAAACCCAAAGGAAAUAGAAGCUACAGAGGAAUUUCGCUGCCUUGACUGUUGCGGCGCAGUGGAAAUGCCAGCGGGAGGAAGGAUCACCAAUGAGAGGAUGGGCCAAUCAGUGAUCACGAUGGAGGAACUUGAAAGGAUGGAGAUUGAGACAAACUCCAUUACAGACCGGUGCCUGGGCUGCUGUGAUGGAUAUGGGACCCCCCUGCCUGGGCAUAUAGGGUACCCCGGGGGGGGCAUCACCACGGGGGUAACUAGAGGAAGAAGGGGACCCACGGGCAGGCAGCCCUCACACCCCCCGCCCCAGAGGAACAGCCCCCAUCCCUGUGCCCAGCGGCCCUGCCGUCCGGCCCUGAGCUCCGAGUCUGAUAGUUCCAGUGAGGAGUCCCCGGGGGCCAGGAGAUCCAGGGCAAUGCGGCAUCACAGGACGAGCGGCCAAUCCCAGAAUCUGUGCCGCUACCUGGGCUGCCGGUCUCCCCUGGGCACCUAUGGGAGCAGCUCUAGCGAGGAAGACUGAGCAGCAGGGCCAAUCAGUGUGGACGACUGGAAGAACCAGAAUGUGUAUAUUCUAUGGGCGCGGUGCUGUGUACUGACUGGGGGGGGCGCUAUACCCGGCGCUGUGCACUUUAACCUUUGGGCCAUUUGACAAGGGACACUGAAAGUAACUGUGUUACUGACUCGCUACUGCCCCCUGUACCCUCAUACGGACACACAGGGCCUGCCUAUACAACUGGUGGGGAAACUUUGCCUUUAAAUAGCAGUUAUACAGGGAGAUGCCUUCACAAUGAACAACAUGGCAGCUCCCAGGCCCAAAUCUACAUGUAUAAAUAUAAAGGUAUAGUUUCCCCUUUAGCAUUCUCCCCCCCCCCCCCCCGCUUUGCAUUCAGCCCUCCCAUUGGCUGCAAAUAUUACUGUGACGUUACCCUUUAUUUUGUAUUAAAACCGACCUGAACGGAAACUUUUCUUAUAUAAUAAAAUAAAUAUUGUGUCUUCUCUAA